AGCUUCAGCUUCCAUGGACAGUGUCGGGGUGACUUCCAGAGGACAAGAUGACUACAGAAGAAUCAAAGUCAGAGUUUUUUACCAUAACCACUGGAGACACAGCAGAGGCAAACCAGGAGCCGAGACGCACAGUCACUAUUUUUGAGCGCUACAUCCAGCCAUGUGUGGCCGAACUCGUGGGCUCUACCCUCUUCAUCUUCAUCGGCUGUGUCUCCGUCAUCGGGAAUGUUGGCGUUGCUGGUAGCAUUCAGCCCGCAUUGGCACAUGGACUGGCAUUGGGAAUUGCAAUCACUGUGUUUGGGGAGAUCAGCGGUGCCCAUUUCAACCCAGCAGUAUCUGUAUGUGUGUAUCUUGUUGGUGGCAUGGAACUGAUGCUGCUUGUGCCGUAUAUAGUUGCCCAGUUAGCUGGAGGACUCAUUGCAGCUGGUCUCGCUAAACUUGUAUCUUCAAACGUUGCUUUUGAAAUCGCGACCGGAGCGGCGUUUACCACGGUGAAGUCUAAUUCUGAAAUUGGUAUGGCGACAGUGGCAGAAAUGAUCAUGACUCUGUUCUUGACCAUGGUUGUCAGCAUGGGGGCUGUUAACGGGAGGACACGAACUCCUCUCGUUCCUUUCUGCAUCGGACUCACUGUGACAGCGGACAUCCUAGCUGGAGGCGGGAUCUCUGGAGCUUGUAUGAAUCCAGCUCGAGCCUUUGGCCCUGCAGUCGUUGCCAAUUAUUGGACUUACCACUGGAUCUACUGGGUUGGACCUCUGGCUGGAGCUCUGUUAACUGUCAGUAUUGUAAGGUUGCUGACGGGCGAUAGGAAAAUGCGUGUCUUAUGGAAAUAGCAGAAGUCCCAGAAUUCCCCACUUUUUUAAAUCCCUUUCCUUGCUUGCACUACAAAAUAAAAAAUAUGUUUCUGUUUUCCACUGUUAUGAAUUCAUUUUCAUAUGUACCUUCUUGUUGAAUAUCUCAGCCUCAUUUGUAGCUUUUGCAUAACCCACUCAGAAAUUUAUGGUAUAAUGGUUAAGCUAAGGACACUUUUGCCUGAAUGUACAUUUUAACUGUAAUAAAUACAACACUUUUCUACUGUUUACUGUAAGUGAUGUACACUAUCAUGCUUGCUAUGAAUAUUUAACUUCCUAUUAUGUGCUUUUGAAAUAAAGUAUUUCUUUUU